CAAAAAGACGACACUAGAGAUUCCUCCCGCCCUCCGUAGACCCCACACAACUACUUACGAGAGCUUCUUUCCUCUCUCUGCCAUCUCCUCCUCCCCCGCUCUUGAUCCCAACGUUCACUUCAACAAUUGCUGUCGCUGGUUGGGAAAGAUCCAAUUCCUCCUUCUCAAGACGUUCACCAUGUCUGCUCCACCGCUCACCUCCCCCCAAUUCGUCCACGGGGUCUAUAUCCCCUCCGCUCUGCUCAUCGUCGGAAUUGCUAUUAUCAAGAAGGAAUGGCUUCCCUACUCUGUAGUCCUCGCAGCCGUCCUAGGAGGCUGGAAGAUCAUGAACAGCCGCCCACGAAAGGUGUUGAAGCCAACUGAGUUCCAGACUUUCGAGCUCACUGAGAAGACAAUCUUGAGUCACAACACCGCGAUCUACCGCUUCAAGCUCCCCAACCCCACCGACAUCCUCGGCCUUCCCAUCGGCCAGCACAUCUCCCUCGGCGCGACCAUUGCCGGCCAGCCCAAGGAGGUCGUCCGCUCCUACACCCCCAUCUCCUCCGACGAGGACAGAGGCCACUUCGAUCUUCUCAUCAAGUCGUACCCUACCGGUAACAUCUCUAAGCAUGUCGCUUCUCUCAUGGUUGGACAAACUAUGAAGGUCAAGGGCCCUAAGGGUGCUAUGGUUUACACUCCCAACAUGGUCAGGCAUUUUGGAAUGAUUGCCGGCGGUACUGGAAUUACCCCUAUGCUCCAGGUCAUCAAGGCAAUUGUCCGCGGUCGCGAGACUGGCGACAACACCGAGGUUGAUCUUCUCUUCGCCAACGUCAACCCUGAGGAUAUUCUCCUGAAAGAGGAUUUGGACGCACUGGCAGCUAAGGACCCUAAGAUCAGGGUGCACUACGUUCUCAACAACCCACCUGAGAAGUGGGAUGGUGGUGUCGGUUUCGUCACCGCAGACAUGAUCAAGUCCAAACUCCCCGCUCCCGCCAACGACGUCAAGAUCCUUAUCUGCGGUCCCCCGCCUAUGGUCAGUGCAAUGAAGAAGGCUACUGAGGGUCUUGGCUUCCAGAAGGCUCGCCCCGUCAGCAAGCUCGAGGACCAGGUCUUCUGCUUCUAGAUGUGCGAUGUACACAUACAACAAUUUUGGAAAAAUUGGUAAUCUACAUAUCUGGUAUCGAGGGGAAAAAGCGAACGGGGGAUCUCAUAUCCAAUGCUGAGCAUUUUCGGAGACAUAGAUACAAAAUACUACGCCUUGUAAUUUGAGAGAGAAGACUUGGAAGCCAAUUUGUCCAAAGGAUUAUUAACCAUAUCCCCUGAACGCCCUAAAUCGAAUCA